AUGUGCGCGAAGCGAGCGCUUCUCGUAGGGAGCCCCUAUGGAGACCUGAAAGGAACAGCGAACGACGUCAGAUUGAUGGCGCAAGUGCUUAAGCCCCGUGGAUUCACCAUCGUCGAGCGCCUCGGCGAUAAGGCCGGGCGAGAGAGCAUCCUAGCUUCAUGGGACCAGCUCAUACAAGACAUUUCUAGUGAAGACGAUGCGGUUGUUGUCUACUACUCUGGACAUGGGGGUCUUGUCGAGGUGAACGUAAGCCACGACCAGCCUCGACGCACUGAUGGAUCAAUUCCGCUUCAGCGCCAUCAGUUCAUCGUACCUUCAGACUACGACGACACCGAGACUGGAGAGUUCAAUGGGAUCCUCACGGAAGAACUUACAGAUCUCCUUCGGAAAACUACGGACAAGACGAAGAACGUCACCCUCAUUCUUGACUGUUGCCAUUCCGGGCGCAUGGCCAGAGACCCGCAGAGCCACAAAUAUGCGAAGCCGAGAUUCCUGUCAAAAGUCGCGCAUGCGAAGCUGACAGAUCACCUGCACCAGAUGCUCGAAAACAAAGUGAUCGAACGUCGGGAGGAUACCGCCAGGGCGAACCCUUACGCCGUACGCAUAGUCGCCGCGGCUACCUCGGAGACGGCUUGGGAAUACAUGGACGAGAGAGGCGAGAUCAUUGGCGCAUUCACCAAAUCACUGGCGGCUGCGAUCUCGGAGGACAGCGCACGAGUUGACGAGCAGGCUACUGCUUCAUGGAACACAGCCAUGCAAAGGGUCCGUGAGCUUGUUACCUCCGAAUUUUGUGGCCAGCAUCCUCAAGUUGAAGGUCCAAGCUUACGUGGAAUGUUCUCGACGGAGCUUUUCAGUGAGAACACGUUCUUGGUCAAGGAGGAGGAUGGCGAGGCCAUCAUCCAGGCUGGAAGAGUGGCAGGUGUCAAGGAGGAUAACGUCUACCAUAUCCCAGGAUUAAGAGGAGAAAUCACCACCGCAACCGUCAGAAAGACUACUGCAUUCAAGAGUCUCGUCUCUCUUGACCCUCGUCGAGGCAUCGCGCAUGGAGGUCAGCUUGCUUACCUCCACACCGAAGCGCGCCACCGCUGGCCGGUUUCCUGUCCUUCAGGAUCCGACAAACUCGGCAACAUCAGCCAAAACUCAAAGUUCCUCAGGCUGCCUGCUGAGGGAACCACCGAGUGUAGUAUUGCGCAGAUCGACAUCGACGGAAGACAAGUCCGCGUCCUUGACAGCAGAGGCAUCCAAAUCUUCUGA